AUGGAUAGACAAGCAGAGCUAUUGCUACCUAUGGAUAGACCAGGAGAGCUAUUGCUACCUAUGUAUAGACCAGGAGAGCUAUUGCUACCAAUGGAUAGACCAGGAGAGCUAUUGCUACCUAUGUAUAGACCGGGAGAACUAUUGCUACCUAUGGAUAGACGAGCAGAGCUAUUGCUACCUAUGGAUAGACCAGGAGAGCUAUUGCUACCUAUGUAUAGACCGGGAGAACUAUUGCUACCUAUGGAUAGACGAGCAGAGCUAUUGCUACCUAUGGAUAGACCAGGAGAGCUAUUGUUACCUAUGGAUAGACCGGGAGAACUAUUGCUACCUAUGGAUAGACGAGCAGAGCUAUUGCUACCUAUGGAUAGACCGGGAGAGCUAUUGCUACCUAUGUAUAGACCGGGAGAACUAUUGCUACCUAUGGAUAGACGAGCAGAGCUAUUGCUACCUAUGGAUAGACCAGGAGAGCUAUUGCUACCUAUGUAUAGACCGGGAGAACUAUUGCUACCUAUGGAUAGACGAGCAGAGCUAUUGCUACCUAUGGAUAGACCAGGAGAGCUAUUGUUACCUAUGGAUAGACCGGGAGAACUAUUGCUACCUAUGGAUAGACGAGCAGAGCUAUUGCUACCUAUGGAUAGACCGGGAGAGCUAUUGCUACCUAUGGAUAGACCGGGAGAACUAUUGCUACCUAUGGAUAGACCAGGAGAACUAUUGCUACCUAUGGAUAGACCAGGAGAACUAUUGCUACCUAUGGAUAGACCGGGAGAACUAUUGCUACCUAUGGAUAGACCAGGAGAACUAUUGCUACCUAUGGAUAGACCAGGAGAACUAUUGCUACCUAUGGAUAGACCAGGAGAGCUAUUGCUACCUAUGGAUAGACCGGGAGAACUAUUGCUACCUAUGGAUAGACCAGGAGAACUAUUGCUACCUAUGUAUAGACCAGGAGAGCUAUUGCUACCUAUGGAUAGACCGGGAGAACUAUUGCUACCUAUGUAUAGACCGGGAGAACUAUUGCUACCUAUGUAUAGACCGGGAGAACUAUUGCUACCUAUAGAUAGACCAGGAGAACUAUUGCUGUGUUCUGUCUAG